AUGUUCCUCCCAUCCAUUUCACCCUCAAAAUUAGCAGCUCUUAUCUUACCCCUGCUACCAGGGGCUCUGAGCUCCCCUUUAAUGAAGCGGAGUGGCCCAUUUCUAGCUCUCCACACCGACUUUCCUGACCCCAGCUUCGUUCAAACACCUGAAGGCAAAUGGUAUGCCUUUGGCACGGAGGGCAAUGGCAAGCGAUUCCAGGUCGCUGAAUCAGAUGACUUCAAUUCUUGGACCCUUCUGAAUGUUGAAGCUCUGCCGAACGUUGCUGCUUGGGAAGAGGAUGCCCAGCACUUUGCCCCCGAUGUGAUACGACGGGAUGAUGGGAAAUACAUUAUGUACUAUUCUGCCAACUCCAAAAAAGUUGGCCCCAACCAAGAUGAUCACCAUUGCGUCGGCACUGCUAUCUCCGACGAUCCCAAGGGCCCAUAUAUUCCAAACGAUAAGCCCCUGGCUUGUGAUCUAGAUAAGGGCGGCGCCAUUGAUCCUGCCGGAUUUCGCGAUGCAGACGGUACUCUCUAUGUUACCUACAAGGUUAACGGUAACAGUAUUGGCCACGGAGGUGACUGCAACAACGGCGUCGACCCUCUCGUCCCCACACCUUUAGUGCUGCAGAAGCUUGCCAAAGAUGGUGUUACUCCUGCUGGAGAUCCCAUUCAAAUUUUGGAUCGCAACACUGCAGAUGGCGAUGGCCCUCUUGUCGAGGCCCCCAGCCUUGUCCUGUCGUCUGGCACUUACUAUAUUUUCUACUCAACGCAUUGUUACAACGAAGACACAUAUGACACCCGAUAUGCUACAGCAUCUAGCAUAACUGGUCCUUAUACCAAAAAUAAUCAGCAAUUACUGAAGACUGGGGAUCGACCUAGCUUGAUUUCUCCCGGUGGCGGCACUGUUCAUACGGAAGAUGGUGACCGGAUGCUUUUCCACGGAUGGUGUGAUGCCAGCAUGAAGCAGCGUUGCAUGUAUGGUGCAAAUGUUUCUUUGGAUGGGGCUAAGGUUUCUGUUGUCUAA